CCCCCGCACCCCACCCCGCCCAAUGAUCAAGUGACGUGCCACCAAUAUAAUCAUUGGCCGGCCAAACAGAGCUCUCUAGGACUGCGGAAUGGGGAUCAACGUCAGCAGGACGGCCGACCUGGGGUCCAACGCGUGGCUCCAGCGCUUCGUGGGCCGCCAGCACAUCGCCCACGAUGACGAGGCCUUCUGGAACGGGCUGCUCAACUACAACAUUGUGCUGCCGGAGAACAGCCAGGAGCAGCUGAACCUGGACAGCCGCCUGGAGGCGCUGUGCCAGUCGUUCAUCGGCAACAACCUGAAGACGGGCAACUUCGGCUCCCUGGUGACCGUGUUUCUGGAGAAGACCAGCGAGCUGCUGUCCCUUUCCGACCAGGAGAGCAACAUGCACGUCUGGCAGACCUUCAACGCGCUCUUCAUCAUCCGCAGCCUGGUCAAGUACAUCAACGAGACGGGCUCCGAGUUCCAGCUGCUGCAGCACUUCGAGGCGAUGCCCAGCGCCGAGUUGCUCCAGGCGGCCUUGGAGCAGCAGCAGGCGGCGCCGGCGGAGAGCGCCACGAUUGCCAUGGAGGCCACCGAACAGUCGGCGGCGGCGGCGGUGCCGGUGAUUGUGGACGGCUCCAAGUUCGAGACCUUCAUCGAUGCGCUGGUCAACCUGAUUGUGGUGAUCCCCGUCAAGGAGUUCACCUACCACCUGCACCUGGAGGCGGUGAACAUGCUGAUCACCCUGCUGUCGGUGCAUCUCUUUGCAUCCCAGCAGCCCACGGACAAGUCGAUCGUCUUCCGGACGGUCUUCAAGUGCCAGCACGCUAACGUUUUGAUGUCGGCACUGCUGCACUUUGUGGCCCGGAUGGUGGAGGUGCCGCACACCAUGUUCGGUUCCAGCUCCGCGGGAUCCUUUGUCUUUGGCAUCGCCGAAUCGCUGCUCUCCAUCUUCACUUUCCGCAAGCAGCCGGACGUACUGAAGUCGGGCCAGGCAGCCGGCGGCGGUGAGCUCUCGCAGCGAUUCCGCACGCACUAUCCGCUGGCCAACCAGAGUCUCCUGCUGAUUCUGAUCCUGACGAACCACUGCACGGCGCAGGAUAAUGCGUAUCGAACCAGCCUAUUUGGCUGCGCCGACUCCAAGGAUUCGCCGAAACAGGGCGCUGUCUCCUUCCAAAUCGACUUCUCGGCGGUAUACGAGACGUUGUGCCUCAUCGUCACCAUCGACCAGGCCACGCUGCUGCUCUACCUGCUGCUCCACCGCAACGAGCGCUUCUACCGGUUCGUCAUGCAGCAGCAGGAUCUGGAGCAGCUGGUGAUACCCAUCCUGCAGACACUGUACAAUGCCCCGGAUAGCAACUCACAUCACAUUUACAUGUCGCUGAUUGUCCUGCUGAUCCUCAGCGAAGACGAGGGCUUCAACAAGAACGUGCACACGAUCAUGCUGAAAAACAUCACUUGGUAUACGGAACGCACCAUAUCGGAGAUAUCGCUGGGCGGCAUCCUCAUCCUGAUCGUCAUCCGCACCAUACAGUACAACAUGCUGAAGAUGCGCGACAAGUACUUGCACACCAAUUGCCUGGCGGCGCUGGCCAACAUGUCCGGCCACUUCCGCUCGCUGCAUCCGUACGUGGCGCAGCGUCUGGUCUCGCUGUUCGAAACGCUGGCCCGGAAGCACACGCGCCUGGAUGCGCAACUCAAGGAGCCGGCCGACAGUGCGGUAUUUGUCAACGUCUCGACAACGCCGGAGGACAUGCUACAGGAUCUGAGCGUGCUGGAGGAGGUGCUGCGCAUGGUGCUGGAAAUUCUUAACUCCUGCCUCACUAACCAGCUGGUCUACUGUCCCAACUUGGUCUAUACGCUUCUGUACAAGCGCAGCGUCUUCGAGGGCUUCCGCAGUCAUCACGCCUUCCAGGAUGUCAUCCAGAACAUCGAUAUGGUGGUUGGUUUCUUCUCCUCCCGUCUGCAACGAGUGCAGGAGCAGCGAGGUGAGCUUGGGGUCAACGAGGUGCUUGAGGUUAUAUCGAAGGGCGCCAGUCAGUGGUCAAGCGAUCGACUGAGAAAGUUCCCGGAUCUCAAGUUCAAGUACGUCGAGGAGGACGCUCCCGAGGAGUUCUUCAUUCCAUAUGUGUGGACGCUGGUCUGCAAGUACGGCUGCGUGCACUUCAGCUCCGAGAGCAUUAAGAGCGUCACCACGGACAUAGCCUGCUAAUAUUUACUACUCGCUCCCUUCCUCACACGCACACACGCGGCUCCGCUUUGGUUCUCACCAUGUUUCAGUGCUUCUCCUCUUGUGUUCUGUGCCGGAUUAACCGAUCUAUAGGCCAUAUACCGCGCCCCAUCCUCUGAUCCAAGCCAAAAUGUCGAAAUGUUAUAUCAAAAACAAAAACAAAGUAAGAGGCAUACGCAUCUCGAACGUUGACGAUAAAUUGAAACAAAGCAAACGAGAGAACUAACGAUAAUACUUAGAUCUAGUUACGCUAAUACUAUUGUGUAUGCUAACAAGCAAUCCAGUCGGAAGUUGUACAAGUUAAAACAUAGCAUAAUCCUUGAAACAUGAUCAUAUUUUGCUACGCCAACAACAGAGAGCAUAUUUGAAGGAAAGUUAAGCUCCGUUCGCCUAUAGGUCGAUUGUUCUAAUCAACGGGAAGACGCAAAUCCAAUAAAACGUAUAUAUUACAUAUUAAAGAAUCGGAAUAUAUAUGCGAAAAUAUAUUUACAUUUUAGUCUAUGAUAAUUAUAUAUUAUUGUAUUUAGCAAUUGGAAAAGUCGAUAAAUUAUAUAUUAACUAAAGUUCA